CUCAGGUGAGUCCAAGACGAGUCACAGAACAGACAGAGCAGGGCCUACAGUUGGCGUCACAAAUGUUGAUGGCGUCAGCUGCAAAAGAUCAACGUUUUCUGUCUCUACUUCGGUCCAGCUAAACGUUUUUCAACUUGUGUCUUGGGUCUAAACUCGCCUCUGGCAGCAGCAGAUCACAGGGGAAACAUGGACCCUGAGCUCAGGUCAGACACAUUCAUGUCCAUCCCUGUCAAAAGCAUCAAGAAGGAUCCUGCCUCCAGUGAGUCCCAGACUCCAGAAGGUCCUGGUUCCAGUCCGGCCCUGGGCAGUGAAUGGUCCAUGGGUCUCAGAGAAAAAUUCAAAGAGGAUCCUCCAGUGACCGACCUGAGGAGCCAGAGUCCAGAAGGUCCUGGUUCCAGUCCGGCCCUGGGCAGUGAAUGGUCCAUGGGUCUCAGAGAAAAAUUCAAAGAGGAUCCUCCAGUGACCGACCUGAGUUGGAAGGAUCUGGAGAGUCCCAAAUCUGAACUGGACGGCAUCUUUCAGCGUCUGGAGGAGCAGGUCCUGUCUUACGUCCAGCAGCAGCUGCAGAUGUUCCACAGGCUCCUGGACUCAGAUGAUCUAGAACUUUCUGAGGAUGAGGGGGCGGGGCUGAGCACAGACGUUCUGAACGUGGUCCUGAACUUCCUGUGGAGGAUGGACCAGGAGGAUCUGGCCCAGCGUCUCCAGAUCAGGACUAAAGUUGGAGUCAUUGAUAAACUGAGGAGUCAUCUGCAGCAGAGGUUCCACCGUGUGUUUGAGGGCGUGGUUAAAGCAGGAGACUCCGCCCCCCUGACCCAGAUCUACACAGAGCUCCAUAUCACAGAGGGCGGAGCCUCAGAGGUCAACCAGGAACAUGAGGUCAGACUCAUGGAGACGGCGUCCAGGAGACCGGCCGCUUCAGAGACCAUCACAUGUGAAGAGCUCUUUAAGCCCCGCCCACACUCAGAGGAGCCAAUCAGAUUAGUGAUGACGAAGGGCGUGGCUGGUGUGGGGAAAACAGUGCUGACUCAGAAGUUCAGUCUGGACUGGGCUGAAGGCCGGGGCCACCAGGACCUCCAGCUGCUGUUCCCCUUCACUUUCAGAGCUCUGAACGUGCUCAGAGACACACAGUUCAGCCUGGUGGAGCUGCUGCACCACUUCUUCAGUCCAUCCAAAGAUCUCUACAGCUUCCAACAGCUCCAGGUGCUCUUCAUCUUUGACGGUCUGGACGAGUGCAGACUUCCUCUGGACUUCGGCCGAACCCAGGUCCUGAGCGACCCCACAGAGUCCGCCUCAGUGCACGUGCUGCUGGUGAACCUCAUCAGGGGGAGCCUGCUUCCCUCCGCUCGCGUCUGGAUAACCACGCGCCCCGCCGCGGCCAGUCAGAUCCCUGCUGAGUGCGUCUCCAUGGUGACAGAGGUGCGAGGGUUCGCCGACCCGCAGAAGAAGGAGUACUUCAGGAAGAGGUUCAGAGACAAGGCCAAAAUGGUCAUCUCUCACAUCAAGAGCAUCCGCAGCCUCUACAUCAUGAGCCACAUCCCGAUCUUCUGCUGGAUCCUCUCCACAGUUCUACAGAAGCUUCUGGAACAAACAGAGGACCCAGAGCUGCCCCAGACUCUCACACAGAUGUACGUCCACCUUCUGGUGGUGGAGCUUAAACAGAAGAACAUCAAAUACCACGGGAAACUGCAGGCAGAUUCAGCCUGGUCUCUUGAAAACAAGAAGAUGGUGGAGUCUCUGGGAAAACUGGCCUUUGAGCAGCUGCAGAAAGGAAACCUGAUCUUCUACGAGAGUGACCUGAGCGAGUGUGGGCUGGACGCUGCAGCAGCCUCAGUGUAUUCCGGAGUGUUCACACAGUUCUUUAGAGAGGAGCCAGGCCUGUACCAGGACAAGGUCUACUGCUUCAUCCAUCUGAGUGUGCAGGAGUUUCUGGCUGCUCUUCACGUCCAUCAGACCUUCUACAGCUCUGGAGAGAACCUGCUACCACACCCUGAAAGACAAGAGUCUGAGGACUGUUCAGACACAGAGGACAACUCCUUUGUCCCCCCUGAGAUUCCUGAGUCUGAGAUAGCCUUCUACCACUCUGCUGUGGACCAGGCCUUAGAGAGUCCAAACGGACACCUGGACCUGUUCCUGCGCUUCCUCCUGGGGCUGUCUCUGCCGACCAAUCAGAGGCUGCUGCAAGGUCUGCUGACUAAGGCAGGAAGUGAUCGAAUUAUGAAGGACACAGUAGAGUACAUCAAAGAGAAGCUGGAUGAAGAGGAUCUGUCUGCAGAGAGAAGUCUGAACCUGCUCCACUGUCUGAACGAGCUCAACGACCACAGUCUGCUGGAGGAGAUACAGGAGAAAAUGAGAGGAGGUGGUCUCUCUAAAAGAGACUUGUCUCCUGCUCAGUGGUCUGCUCUGUCCUUCGUCUUACUGUCCUCAAACUCAGACCUGGAGGAGUUUGACCUGAGGAAAUACCAGCGCUCAGAGAGAGCUCUCCUGGGUCUGCUGCCGGUGGUCAGAGCCUCCACCAAAGCCCUACUGAGGUUCUGUGGCCUGUCCCUCACAGCUGUGGUCCUCUGGCCUCAGUCCUCAGCUCCUCCAGUCUCACACAUCUGGAUCUCAGUCACAACGACCUCGAGGACUCAGGAGUGGAGCUGCUGUGUUCUGGACUGAAGAGCGCCCCCUGCAGACUGGAGACGCUCAGGCUGUCUGGAUGUCUGGUCUCAGAGAGGGGCGGGGCUGCUCUGGCCUCAGCUCUGAGCUCCGCCCCCUCCCACCUCAAAGAGUUAGACCUGAGCUACAACCAUCCAGGACCCUCCGCCGAGCUCCUGACCGCUCUACAGGACCAGCGCCCCCUGCUGUCUCUCAGGUUGGAUCCUGCUGGAGAGCGCUGGAUGGUCCCAGG